AUGAAGCAGCUGCACCCUUUUCUGAAGAAGAUCCAAUUUCAUAAUCCUGCUGGAGACAAAGUGAUUUUGAAUGAGAAAGAGAAAUUAGAUACAGACUAUGACAUUGUGAACAAUUGGAAUUUUCCAGAAGGCCUUGAAUUUAAGGUGAAAGUAGGACUAUUUUCUCCAUAUGCUCCACAGGGUCAUCAACUGUCAAUAUCUGAAGAUAUGAUAGAGUGGACCAUAGGAACUACUGAGAACUACCAGUUUGUUCUGGCCUUGGCUUUUGCCAUUGAAGAAAUCAACAAGAACCCCAAUCUUUUACAUAACAUAACUCUGGGAUUUGAUAUCUAUAAUGUGGAUUUCAAAGCUUGGUCAACACUUGAGAAUCCCUUUGUCUGGCUUUCUGGACAGUACAAGAUCCCUAAUUACACCUGCAUGAGAGAAAGUAAUUCUGUAGCAGUACUCACAGGAAUAUCAGCAAUAACAUCAGCCCAGAUUGGGACAUUGCUGGAAAUCUACAGGUUUCCACAGCUGCACCCUUUUCUGAAGAAGAUCCAAUUUCAUAAUCCUGCUGGAGACAAAGUGAUUUUGAAUGAGAAAGAGAAAUUAGAUACAGACUAUGACAUUGUGAACAAUUGGAAUUUUCCAGAAGGCCUUGAAUUUAAGGUGAAAGUAGGACUAUUUUCUCCAUAUGCUCCACAGGGUCAUCAACUGUCAAUAUCUGAAGAUAUGAUAGAGUGGACCAUAGGAACUACUGAGACUCCUCACUCAGUUUGCAGUGAGAGUUGUGGUUCUGGAUUUAGGAAAUUCUCUCAGGAGGAAAAGGCUGCCUGUUGCUUUGACUGUAUCCCUUGCCCAGAAAAUGAGAUUUCUAAUGGGACAGAUAUGGAGCAAUGUGUGAAGUGUCCAGAUCAUCUAUAUGCCAAUUCACAGAGAAACCAGUGUGUCCAUAGGGCUGAAAGUUUCCUGGCUCAUGGAGAACCCUUGGGCCUAGUCCUGGCCUGCAUGGCCCUCUGCUUGUCCACUCUCACUGCUGUUAUUCUUGGGGUUUUUGUGAGGUACCAAGACACUCCCAUUGUCAAGGCCAAUAACCGGGCUCUCAGCUACAUCCUGCUCAUCUCCCUCAUUUUUUGUUUCUUUUGUUCUUUUCUCUUUAUUGGUCGUCCAAACAUGGUCACCUGCAUCCUGCAGCAGAUCGCAUUUGCAGUUGUGUUCACUGUGGCUGUUUCUACAGUGUUGGCUAAAACGGUGAUUGUGGUUCUUGCCUUCAAGGCCACUUCUCCAGGGAGAAUGAUGAAGUGGCUGCUGGUAUCUGGGGCUCCUAAGUUCAUCAUCCCCAUCUGUACUUUGAUCCAAGUGAGUCUCUGUGGACUCUGGCUGGGAACCUCUCCUCCUUUUAUUGACACAGAUGCAUACUCUGAACAUGGCCAUGUUAUCAUCCUGUGCAACAAGGGCUCUUUCACUGCCUUCUACUGUGUCCUGGGCUACCUGGGAACCCUGGCCAUGGCCAGCUUCACUGUGGCUUUUCUGUCCAGGAACCUGCCUGACACCUUCAAUGAAGCCAAGUUCCUGACCUUCAGCAUGAUGGUGUUCUGCAGUGUCUGGAUCACCUUCCUGCCUGUCUACCACAGUGCCAAAGGGAAGGUCAUGGUAGCUGUAGAGGUCUUCUCCAUCUUGGCCUCCAGUGCAGGACUCUUGUGCUGCAUCUUUGUCCCCAAGUGCUACAUCAUCUUGUUGAAAACCAAUAGAAAUUCUCUGCAUGGCUUCAAGGAGAAAACACAUUUUUGGAAAGAUAAGAUUACUUUUGGACCUUUAGAUCCUGUGCUGAGUGAACAAAACAAGUUUCCUUCUCUCUAUCAGAUGGCCCCAAAGGACACAUCACUAGCCAUUGCCAUGGUCUCCUUGAUCCUUUCUUUCAGCUGGAACUGGGUGGGGCUGUUGAUCUCACUAGAUGAAAGAGGUUUGUGGAUAAUUCCAGAAUUGAGGGAAGAGAUGGCCAAGAACAGAGUCUGUGUAGCCUUUGAGCAUGUGAUUCCAAGCACUAUCCUGACACAAGUAUUAAACAUAAUGACAAUCCAUCACAAGAUUAGUAAAUCAUCAGCAAAUGUGUUUAUCAUUUAUGGUGAUAAUGAAUACCUACUAGACUUAAUGACUUAUUUUGGGAAGAUUUUAAUGUCAGACAAAGUUUGGCUUAUGACUUCACAGAGUGAUUUUUCCACCAGUAGAAGAUACUUCAUUUUAGGCUCAUUGCAUGUCCCUCUCAUGUUCUCACACCACCAUUCAGACAUUUCUUGGUUUAAGAACUAUGUCAGGGAAGUUAAUCCUUCCAAAUACCCAGAAGACUUUUACCUUGCUAGUCUGUGGGUUCUCUCUUUUAAUUGCUCCCAUUCUGAGUCUGACUGUGGAACAUGGGAGAACUGUCCCCAGGAUGCCUCUUUGGAGUGGCUGCCUGGACACAUUUUUGACAUGGCCAUGUCUGAAGAGAGUUACAAUAUAUACAAUGCUGUGUAUGCUGUGGCCCAUGCCCUUCACAAGAUGCUUCUUCAUCAAACAGAGAUGCCACUGAAGGGAAAUGGGGAAGGGAUGGUGCCUUCCCCUGCACAGGUAUGGAGGCUACAGCUGCUGCCACUGCAGCCGCAGCUGCUG